AAACGAAUCCACCGUCGGAUCAGUUUUCGGUUUAUGAGUUGAAUAAACUCUUUGAACGAAUGGCCGAAAAGUGGACACAAACUUGGGAUCCAAUCACUGAAUCUAACGCUAAGAAAGUGAAGAUUGGUGUGAAUUUGACGGUUGGACUCAAUAAUGAAUUGGUGGACAAAUCGAAAGACAUAACCAUUGAUAAUAAGUCUAAUUGGAAACGAAGUAUUGACAAAGACUUGGAUCAGUUGACUGAAAACAUUGAUGAAUGCGAACAGCUAUUAAAUCAAUUGAGUUGUGGUGUGAAAGACAUUAUCAUUGAUAAAGCAAAUGAUAAUCAAAGUGGAAGUCCUUCGGAUGAGAACCUAAUAGACGUGAAGGAAAAGGCUAUCGAUAAAAAUAAUAACCAGAAGAGUGGUAAAUGUGAUGAUAAGAGUUACAAAGAAGUCUUGAUUGAACUCGCAUUUGAGACACCAAUAGACAUAUCACUGACACAGGGAUCUGAUUCUCCGAAAUCCACACCAUCGGAUCAAAUACCACAAUCUGUGCUACAGUUGUCUAUGGAUUUGAUUGAAGAGAAACGCAAGCAAAAGACAGUUAUCUUGAAUGAGGAGAAAUCGGUGCCAAUCUAUGGCUGCGAUGAAUGCGUUAAGACAGUCGCUGAAGAAACCGGACAACAGUUAGCUCUAAACGGAUCGAAGAAGAAUGUCGGAAAUUGGUUCAGACGACUGGUCGGUAAGAAAGACAAUAAAAGUGGAAAGGGAUCGGACCGGCACUGGAAAAGUGUGCGACAGAUGGACGACACAGAGAUUAAGGCACUGGUCGAUCAGCACCGGGAGAUACACUUAGAGAUACUACGGUUGAUGACUCGGUUGUAUACAACUACCAGGUGUCCAGAGAUGAUGAAGUGGUUAGACGUGAAGGAUUGCGAAUAAUAGUUAUGUCAGAGGUGUUGAGCACCGGUAGUCUGACUCCAAUGCUUAUAUAACUAUUUGUAUUUAUUUGUGAUUUUUAAUAUCCGA